CUGUCAAGUCUAUGAUCAGCUGAUGAGUGUAAAAUUGAAACGAUAAUCUCAGAUAAUCUUGUGCACCUAAUAAUGGGUUCUAGUGUGACAAAACUUUUCAGUAAACUGGAGGGUAUCAUAACAGGUGCUUUCAAUUCUUUCGGAAACCAAACGUAUCCCCUACCACGCAUUGAUCUGCUUCUGAUCGGAAAAUCUGGGAACGGCAAAAGUGCAACAGGAAACACGAUAUUAGACCAAGAAAGAUUCGUGUGCAAGUCAACUACGUCUGCUGAAACUCAAGCCAUUGAAUUCGGGAUCACAGAACACGGCGGUUAUCAGAUCAAAGUCGUGGAUGGUCUGACCGUCUGUGACUCCAGACUGGACGAUGAACGGUCGGUCGAGCAGCUGAAUGAGGCCGCGAAGUUAGCUCUUGCAGCCAACCCUGAAGGCUAUCAUGCCUUUCUUCUCGUCCUGAAAUAUGGGAACAGGUUCACACGCGAAGAACAGGACACGGUUCAAAUUUUUAAGAAACUUUUCGGCGAUGAUUUUGUUAAAAAUUUUUGUAUCAUAAUCAUCACUUGCGGGGAUCUUUUCAAUGCUGAGCAGAGUGCCAAAGGCACCGAAGGUUUAACUUUCCAUGAGUGGUGUAAUCAGCAGGAAGGUCCAUUUAAGGAUUUGUUUCUUGAAUGCAACAGGGCGAUUUUGUUUGACAACACGUGCACCUCCGAAGAUGAAGUUGAUGAUCACGCUGAUGAUUUAUUAGAGAAGGUUAAUGAGAUUUUAUACGAUCGACGCCAUAAGCUUUCAGACAGAUUUCAGCUAACUAAAGACAUCGCUAUACCUGACCCACAACAGACACAGACAACUGGCGAAGCCAAGAGAGAAGCAAGCAAAAGUCUAGAUCUACAACACACCACACAGAACUCUACAGAGACAGACGACUUAAUGUUACGUCAAGCUGUGCAGGAACUAUCGGCCAAACAAGACGAAAUUUUAACAGCACUUCGCGAACAGGCGCAGAUUAUCAACGCCCUACAGAAAAAGGUCUCCGACGAAAGCGAUCUUUCACGGAGAUUCAUGGAAGAAAUAAAACAACGUCGACAACAGGAAGAGGAGGUCAAAACAAACUUUCAACAAGAACUGAAAAACCAAAGAGAGGAAUUUGAAAAACAGAAUGAGAUUUUGAGAAGUGAUCGGACACACUUGCGUGAAUUCGACUUUGACGUGGAGAGGAAAUAUGAAGAUGUUGUGAAGGAAAGGAAGUUACAAAGGGCGAAGGGAAUUCUGGAGAAAGUGGAAAAACUAAGGGGACGUACGAGACAGUUUCAAAACAUUAGGGCAAGUCAGUUCCGGUUGGAUUUUUAGGCACACCAUAAUCUUGUAGGGGUUAAGAUUUUUAAUCAGAAUUUUGUGCUAGUUAAGAUUUUUACUCAAAUUAUAAUCUUGUAUUGGGUAUAACUUGUUUAUGCUUCUUAGGCAAGGCCCAGUAGGGAGAGGUCUGUAGUAUUUAUUUACAAUUUGAACUUUCAUUGCUUAUCAAAAUAGAAAUGGAAAUAUUUUAAUAUUCUUAAAAAAGUCCAUCAUCUGUUUUUUCCCCCCAUAUUUAUCAUUUUUCCCCCAUCUAAAAUGUAUUGAGUUUAAAGGUAAAUUUAAUGAACAGUAAUAGAGUUUAACUAAAUUGGACGUAUACAAAAAUCAUCUAAAGUAGUCUUCACUUGAUUUUAUAAACUUGUGUACUACAUCUAUGUGGCAUGAAUUUUUUAAACCGAAUCAAUGUUUACUUUUUGACAUUCCAUAUCAUAUUUUUAUUGA